UUUUCCAUCAAAAUUUUCCGAAAUUAAAAUCUACACAUCGACAUCUAUUGCACGCGCUUGGAUCACAAGUAGGUCAUACAGUAGAAUCAAAUAUUAAAUUCUUCUCAUUUAUUUAUUUGAAAAAAAGAAAAGCAAAAAGCAAAAGUAAUCCUUUUAAAUAGAAAGUGAGGAGGUUGCCUCUGGUCCAAAAAACCAAGAAGAAGUUUCGCUCUGUUCUUGGUGGUUACUGGUAAACAAGAAAACAGUAAAUAGUGCCUAAGGAACUCUGCUUCAUUCGUCGUCUAUAAUGGGUUUGGGUUCCCAAACUUCCUCAGCCUCCGUUACGAGGGCCACUAAAUGGCUGGGCUUCGUCACUGCCGUCUGGGUCCAAUCCAUUUCCGGCAACAACUACACAUUCUCCAACUACUCCGACGCACUCAAGACUCUAAUGAACUUAACCCAACUCGAGCUUAACAAUCUCUCCGUCGCUAAAGACAUCGGCAAAGCUUUUGGUCUUUUAGCAGGUUUCGCUUCCGACAAAUUACCGACAUGGGCCAUUCUCCUUAUUGGUUCACUUGAAGGUCUCGUCGGUUAUGGAACUCAGUGGCUUGUAGUUAGCGAACGGAUUAAGCCAAUCUCUUACUGGCAGAUGUGCAUAGUUUUGUGCAUGGGAGGGAACAGUUCCACAUGGAUGAACACUGCCAUUUUGGUAACUUGUAUACGUAACUUUCGGAAAAACAGAGGCCCAGUAGCAGGGAUUCUAAAAGGUUACGUUGGUCUCAGCACAGCAAUCUUCACCGUCCUCUGUUCUGCCCUAUUCAACGACGACCCGGCCCGUUUCCUCCUCAUGCUAUCGGUUACACCACUCGCCGUUUGCAUCGCCGCCAUGAUCUUUCUCCGUGAGAUUCCACCCUCAGAUUCCGCCUCCGAUGAUGAAGAAGAGUCUAGCUACUUCUGGCUCUUUAACGGCGUCGCUUUCGUCGUCGCUAUCUACCUCCUCUCUUACCAAUUUAUCCCUAAUCCCGGCAAGCUCUUCUCUCAGAUUUUCGCUUCCAUUCUGUUGGUCCUACUCGCUUCGCCCCUUGCCAUCCCUGUCUACUCGUUCAUCUCCGCCUGGUCCUCCUCCUCUUCGUCGGAGCAGGGUUCGGAUCCCGAAACCCGUGUGACGGAGCCGUUGCUGAAGCCGGAGAUUACGGCGGAGGAACGUUCUCAGGAUACGGUGGUAGUUGAGAAGCGGAAGCCGGUGAUCGGUGAAGAGCACACGAUUUGGGAGGCGUUGCAGUGCUUGGAUUUUUGGAUAAUGUUUGUGUCGUUUUUGUGUGGAGUUGGGACUGGUUUGGCAGUGAUGAACAAUAUGGGUCAGAUUGGAUUGGCUCUUGGAUACGCCGACGUUUCGAUCUUUGUCUCUCUCACUAGCAUAUGGGGAUUUUUCGGUAGAAUUAUCUCCGGCAUGGUCUCCGAAUAUUUCAUUAGGAAAGCUGGCACACCAAGGCCACUUUGGAAUGCAGCUUCUCAGAUUCUAAUGGCUGGUGGGUAUGUACUUAUGGCAAUUGCUAUGCCUGGUUCACUUUACAUUGGCUCAAUUGUUGUGGGAAUUUGCUAUGGCAUACGAUUAGCUAUUACUGUCCCAACUGCAUCUGAACUCUUUGGCCUCAAAUAUUAUGGUCUCAUAUACAACAUUCUGAUUCUCAACCUUCCACUUGGAUCAUUCCUCUUCUCCGGUCUCCUAGCCGGAAUUCUCUAUGACAUGGAGGCUACGCCGAUGGCCGGCGGCGGAAACACUUGUGUGGGUGGACAUUGUUACAGGAUGGUGUUUGUGGUCAUGGCAGUCGCCUGCAUUGUUGGUUUUGGAUUGGACAUUUUAUUGUCUAUUAGAACCAAAAACCUUUACCAAAAAAUCCAAGCUAGCAAGAGAUCAAAGAAAGGGGCUGUUCUUAAAUAAGAUGGUGAAAAUUCUCUGUAUGUGGAUUUUGAAGUCAGAGGAUUGAUGGGCUUUUUGGCCAUGUGAUAUCCCCAUGUUAAGAAUCAGCAGCUAGUUUGUUGGUUGUUUUCUUUAAUGAAGGAAGAAGAAAACACUCUUCGAUUUGAUCGGCCUAAAAGAAAGAAGAGUAUUCAAUUCAUAUCAUAUGUUAUGUGUGCUUUUUAAAUAAGUUAUUUUCAUAUUCAAUUUUGUGCCUAUUACUUUUCUUAUGGAUCAUUGAUAGCCCAUUAUUUAUGUUUGGGCAUAGUUUGUGAGCCAAUCCAAUGCCAUACUCCCAAUUUAUACGCACUUAAUUUUAAUGCGUUUUGAACA